GGCAACGGAGCGAUGCUGCAGUCAUACAGGUACAUGUCUACUCCGCAUCGAAUCGCAGGUUGCGCUUUACUUGGCGGACGCUGCAUCUUUCUCGAUGAACCACGAUCCGUGUCCGAUGGUGAUGCCCUCGACUUGCUAGUGAUGUCAUGCUGAACAAAUGUACAAAAUGUGCAGUCGCCUCCGACAGCCUUUACUGCAGGUACAGCGCGAAGAGGGUACUUAGAUCUCAUCUCAGAAAUGUCUUCUUUCUCCCUCCGACAAACCGCACGCUACUCUACAUACCGCUCUACGAUCUUCAGGCCUACUUUCACGCCUCAAACCCGCCAGUUCACAACAUCCAGAACAAUGUCUGAGCCGACCACCACAGCCGGGCAGGCCAUCAGCGAGACUGCUCGUGCCGAAGGCGGUCCCACCAAGGGUAGCACCUCCGCCCAGAUGCAAUCUCAAGUCGGCAAGGAGCGGAAUUUCGAGCAGGCCGCUCAGGAAGUGGGCAGCAAGAUGCAGAAUGCUCCCCAGUCCGUGACCUCGGAGGAUGCCGCUUAUCUGAAGAGCAGAGAGGCCCGUGUGCUAGGUCAAGGCCAGCCACCAGCCGGCAGCAUCUCUUCCGACGCCCAGAAGCUUGCCGCUGUGAAUGAGGGCGCCACCAAGCAGUCUACCGCGAGCGGUGCUACGGCUACCGGAACGGAUCCAGCCGAUCAGUCUGCUCGUGACCGCCUGCAAAACUUCGAUCAAGCCACACAGCACGUCGGUUCGAAGAUGUCGCAGAACCCGGAGCAGGUGACGAAGGAGGAGGCAGACCUCUUGCACAGCCGUGAGCAGCGUGCUUUUGGGCAGACGAGCAAGGGUGGUGUGGCAAGUCAGGCGCAAAGUCUGGCCGCUGACAAUGAGAGGAAGGGGACGGCUUAGAGCAGCGUUAAGACUUUUAGGCAUUACUGGCGCAGGCGGUCGUUGUGGUUCUCGAGCUGCAUCUUGGCGAGAUCUUUGGCCCUUUGGCGUGGCAUAGCAUAACGGCGCCAUCGGGUGGGCGAACAAAAGCGAUGGCUGUGAGAGUCGAGUCUGCGGGU